ACGCCGCUGCGCAACAGACAUCGCCGCAGUCGUAGGGAACACGCUAUCACAUUUGCUUAUCCGGCAUCGGCAUCGGCAUCGGCGUUGGCGGCAGCGUCGUAUCCCAGCGAAUUGUUUGCGCAUUUUGCCAUCGAGCGUUGGGCAGCGCGGAUGAAUUUCGCAGCAGGCGCGAAUGUGCCAAUAGAAAAUACAAUAAAAACCUAUCUAAAUAAAAAUAAAAAUAAUAUUGGUUGGGCUCAAAAACACCGAGCGCCAUAAAACUUCAUAAAUAACAGCAAAUCCCCAAGGCGAAUAAUACGAAAUACCCACAAAUAAUUGUGAUUGAAACGCGACCCGAAAAGUUUUCCAUCCAAUUUGAUAGCCGCAUCAAUCGGCAAGUGUCAAUUAAAUUAGCGCGCCAAUAUCGGAGCCAGAUUUCGAGCUCCGGCCAACAGGCGCAACAGGUGCCAUCAUAUUUUGAAAUCAAGGCACUAAUCCGCGAGUUUCAAGUGAAAUUGAAAAUCAGUGACGAAAUCUUUAUAAAAAAUAAGUGAAAAUUUGCCAAAGAGUGUUGCAGGAAGUGUACAGCGUGCUCUGCUAUAUAUGCAAAUUCAAAUACCCAAAACGGCAAAUAAAUCUAAUAAAAGAAAAGUUUUUAUUUAUGCAGCUACAUGAAAUGGCUCGUGUGUGAGCGGUCGCAGAGGCAGCAACAACAGCAGCAGCAGACGAAGCAAGGACACAGCGUCCCACACAGACGUACACGCGAACACGGACACUCGCACUCACACAACAGACACGGCGAACAUGGCGUAUGCGCAACGUGCAACUGCAACAUGCGUUAUUGCAGUUUAUUUACUGAACAAUUCGCGUCAAUUAGGCAAUUCGCGCUCGUAUAGGCAGCAUAAUUAAAGCUGUUUGCAAUUCCCAAUAAAUAAAUUAAUUCAAUUAAUUCAACAACUGACGAGUGCGCGCGCACAUCCUAUUGGGCCUCUGCAAACAUGUCCGAGUUUCGGUUCUUUUCAUACUCCGACUUUGCUUUCACCUCGAAGGGCUCGCAGAAUUUGAUAAAUCUGCCAAUAUCGCCGUAUUCUGCAGAUGCCAGUACCCAGUUGAAGGAGGAGACAGAGAUCGAGCUGAACAUUCCAUAUACCGUGUUCGAGGUGCUGGUAGCCAUUGUCAGCAUCAUUGGCAAUCUGAUGGUGAUCAUUGUGUUCCGGCGCGAACGGAAGCUGCGCCGUCGUACUAACUACUACAUCGUCUCGCUGGCCAUGGCCGACUUUCUGGUUGGCUCCCUGGGCGUGCCAUUUGCCAUACUGGCAUCGGUUGGUCUGCCCAAGAACCUGCACGCCUGCCUCUUCACCGUAUCGCUGCUGGUGGUCCUAUGCACCAUAUCCAUAUUCUGUCUGGUUGCCGUAUCCGUGGAUCGCUACUGGGCCAUACUCUAUCCGAUGGCCUAUUCCCGCAAUGUGCGCACCCGCACUGCAAUCGUCAUCAUAUCCGUGUGCUGGGUGGCCGGCGCCAUAGUGGGCUUCCUGCCACUCUUUGGCUGGCAUGCGAACGUGCCACACGAUCAGGAGUGCCUGUUCGUAGAGGUAAUGGACUAUAACUAUCUGGUGUUUCUCUACUUUGCCACCAUCAUCACUCCGGCUCUGCUCAUGCUGGCCUUCUACACGCACAUCUAUCGGGUGAUCAUCAAACAGGUGCGCCAGAUCGUAACCAUGAAUCCUGCCUCGGACUUGAGCCGACGUUCCUCCACCGCCCAGAUGCAAGUGACAACGCCCGGCGCCCAGCGUGGCGGCCACACGGGAACCAUGCUGCGCGUACUGGGCGCUGCGCGUAAGCGGGAUGUGAAGGCCACACAGAAUCUGUCCAUCAUUGUGCUGUUUUUUAUGAUUUGCUGGAUACCGCUGUACACGAUCAACUGCAUUAAGGCCUUCUGCCCGGACUGCUAUGUGCAUCCCAAAUUGACGCUCUUCUGUAUCAUACUCUCCCACCUGAACUCGGCUGUCAAUCCUUUGCUCUAUGCCUAUCAUCUGAAGGACUUUCGGCUGGCGUUAAAGAACUUAAUGCUUAAGCUGAUGGGCGUCGAUAUCGAUCAGCAGGCAGAGGCUAUACAUCGAUUCUCGCUGGCCAGCCAGCAUCGUUUGCAGUCCAUGGACUCCACCAUGCGCACCACGCAGCCGCGCAUGUAUGUGGGUGAGUGUGAGUGCGCGUCGUCUACUUUAAUACGCACCGAGUGGCGGCUAAUGAUCCUCCUCUGCUUCCCCACAGACUCGCCCAUUUGGCUGCGGCAGCAGCAGGAGGCGCUCAAGAACUCACAGCUGCUGCCCAAAUGCGGCGUGCUCAGUCCCUGUGUGAACAACAUCAACCAAACGGUGGCCGCUGCCGUCGCCGUCUCCACGGACAUUGAGCGCGACAUGUGGAACAUUGUGGAGGCCUCCAGCGGUGCGGAGCUGGGCGAGACCAGCUAUGAGUUUCCCAGUGUCAAGCAGGAGAGCGAUCAUGAUAGCAGCCUUUCUGUAUCGGCGCCAGCAACGGCACAGUCAGCAGCGCAGCAAGCAGCACAGCAGCAGCGCUGCGAUAGCGCCUACUCGUAUGAGAACCAAAAUUAUUCGACCGGGCCCGAGGAUGGCAUCAGUCUGCCCGACGAUCUAGACGAGUACGAGGAUGUGUUUGUGCCGCCAAGCGUAAAUAGCAACUACCAGGGCGUCGAUCCAGUGGAGCUUCGCCGCAGCCUGGCCUGUGUCAUGCGUGAGAAGCUGCGCUCCGAUGACACCGACUACUACAGCCAGCAGCACGCGCUGCAGGAUCCCACCAGCGCUGACUACGGGCUGCCGUCAAAGCUGGAGCACAGUAGACCCUGCUCCACGCGCACCUCUCCCAGCAAUGGCGCACUGCCGCAGCAGUUGCGCGCCAAGCUGCUCGCCGGCAACUCGAGUAGCGAUCACUGCCUGCCCCUGCCCAGCACAGGUGCCGCCACCGGCACAGUCUAUGUUAUCGAUGGCGCCACGAAUCCGCUAUCGCCGGGUCACAAGCCCAAAUACCGUAAGUCGACGGCGCUAACGAGAAACUCACGCAAGAAGAGUCGAUCCUGCACUUGCACCAACGAACAAAAACUGGCGAGUCCUGGCGAGACAACCGCUUCAACCACCGCCCAUCAUAACAAUAAUCUCAGCAAUAGGCACUCGGAGCAGCUGCAGCAGCAGAACCACGACAACUUCUUCAGUCCCCUAAAGACGGUAGGCAGCUUCAUGCAGCAUUCCAAUCUCUUUAAUCUCUUCCAACCGCACACAACGACGGCCCCAGCGUCGACGACGUUGAGCAUUGCGCCUGGACCACGGCCAGGACCUGGACCAGGUGUUGGGCCUGCACCUGCUACCGUUUCACGACUAACCGCCGGGGCCUUGACCUCAACAUCGGCCUCGUCGUCCUCGUCCCUAGUCGCUGCCAGCGUGGAGAGUUGACCAACGGUCAAAGCUCCUCAGGCGGCAGGCAAACUCUAGGCAAAUACUCGCAAGUCAAAGCUUUUAGUAUUAGUCUUUAGCUCUCGCGUUCAAAACGAGUCAUAGAUCAAAGCUUGGAACAGCUGGAAACUGAACGAAUCAGUUCCAGUUGGAAUCCAACAGUUCCAGUUCGAUUUAGUAAAUUAUGCGCAUUUAUUUUUUGAUAUAAUUAUCUUGUAUUAGUUAGUUAAUUGUUUGCAAGUAAACUUAAAGUCAAUUUAAGUAAAUUACCGUAUUGUGCAUACUCGUGUUUUUUCUAUAUAUAAGUAUAUAAAAGUAUAUAAGUAUUACAUUACUUAGAUAUCUUUUGAUGUGACAUAUAUAUAGACCAUCGUAAAUAUGCAUGUGUGUUUAACUAAGUAUACUUGGACCGUCUGUGAAAAUCAAAAUUGAUGUGUAUAUUAAAAUGUAUAGUUGAAGAUCAAAUAAAAUAUGAAAUACCAAAAAUUCCUACAUGAAAGCA